GAUAGCAAGGCCCAGGCCCAUCUCAGAUUGGGCAUAGCCCAAUUCAGAAAUAAAUUGGGCUUGGGCCUCCACCAGUCAAAAAUCUGCUCCCCUACCCGCCACCAAAACCAGGAAACAGGCUUUCUUCUGACGCAUCUUCAGUUGUGGAAACGCAGUAAAAAAUCAAAUGGCUAACUGUUCUUUCCAAUGGUGGCAUGCCCCAAUCUUCUUCACCAUCUCCGUAGUCUUGGCUUUCUUCGCCAUCUCCGCCGCUCUGCAAUCCACUUCCCACUCUGCAACUCCGCCGACCAAAGCCAUUGCCGACGAGCUCUCGUUGAACGCAUCAAGAGCUCUGAGAAGAGCCGGAUUCAACACCAUUGCCACGCUCCUUCAGGUCUCCCCUGAACACUUCUUCUCCGCUCAAAACUCCACCAUCUUCGCCAUUAAAGACUCCGCCAUCUCCAACACCUCCCUCCCUCCAUGGCUGCUCCGGAAUCUUGUCCACUACCACACUUCCCCUUCCAAGCUUUCCAUGGCGGACUUGCUCAAGAAGCCCCAGGGGGUCUGUCUCCCUACCCUGUUGAGGAGGAAGAAAAUAGCAAUCACUCGAAUGGAUUCGAAUUCCAGAUUGGUGGAGAUCAAUCACGUUCUUGUGACGGACCCGGAUAUUUUUCUUGGAGGAAACGUCUCCAUUCAUGGAGUUCUUGGACCGUUCUCUCCUCUGGAUCCUAUGGAUGUUCGUCAGGGGUGGAGCUUCAUUCAGGCGCCGUUCUGCGACUCGAACGCCACUCUAGUUUCAGAUAAUCUCGAAGCCAAGAACGGAAUCGAAGUCGAGUGGAGAAGAAUCAUACGAUGGCUUAGUGCUAAUGGCUUUGUUUCUUACGCAAUCGGAUUGCAAUCUGUUCUUGAAGGGAUUCUUCAAGAUUUUGAAGGGUUGAAAUCGAUUACAGUCUUUGCACCGCCGAACUUGGCGUCCGUAGCGUCUCCCUCGCCUGUGCUGCAGCGAGCUGUGAGGCUUCACAUCGUUCCUCAAAUGGUUACGUACAAAUCACUCGCUUCCUCUCCGCCGAGAACUUUCCUCAAGACGCUCGUCUCCGGCCAAGAUCUUGAGGUCCUCGGAGGAGUUAGGGUUCCGAGAGGAACGGUGGUCGUUAAUGGUGUAGAGAUAGUCUCGCCGGAGAUUUUCCGGUCCGGUAAUUGUGUAAUCCAUGGAAUUUCCCGGUCGUUCGAGAUCGUCGGUUUACCUCAUUCAUCAAGAUGAAUUCGCUUCAACUUGAGGAAAUUCA